AUGGGCGUGGGCGCUGCGCUACCGAUCGUCGACUUGGCGUCCUUCGCUUCGGCGGAGGACCUGGGCGCCGAGCUCAUGCGCGUGGGAAGGAACCCGGGCUUCUUCUACGUGGUAGGCCAUGACCUCGGUGACGACGUUGCGUCGCAUGUCUUCAAACUGGCGCAGCACUUCUUCGAUGCACCUGCGGAGGAGAAGCUGGCCUAUGGGAAUGGGAGCGGUGAUCUGUUUUCAGCUGACAGCAGCCCCCCCUUUCCCUUGCUGCAGGGCUAUACAGGCAUGAGGGAAGAAACGCUCUCGGGGAAAGGACCCGGUGAUGUCAAGGAAUCAUUCUAUCUCGCAGACCCCGGCACGUCACAGCAGCCACUGCCUCCACGACUCGACCGCCACCGUGAGCAGCUGGCCGCCUUCUUUCAUGACUGUGAUGCACUGGCCAAGAAACUCCUGAAAGCCCUGGCUAUAGGACUGGGGGUGCCCCAAGAUUAUCUUUCCAAGGCUCACACGGGCGAGAGCUGCCGCAUGCGACUAAUCAACUAUCCCGCUGUCUCCUGCGAGUCGCCGACACGAGAUGCUGUUAAUGACGACAGCGGUGACAUUCGUGCGGGCGCACAUUCCGAUUAUGGCUCGCUAACUCUGCUAUUCCGCCAACCCUCGGAUCAAGGCGGUCUCCAGGUGCUUCGCCAGGAUGACUCGGCUGGGCCGACAUGGAUCGAUGUGCCGUGUCUACCCAAUGCGAUCGUCGUCAAUAUUGGCGACGCCCUGGAGUUUUGGACCGCAGGACGGCUGCGGUCAACCGUCCACAGGGUGGCGUUCCCACGCAGCGCUAAGGAAAACGUGGCAAGACUGAGCAUCCCCGUUUUCAUCCAGCCUGACCGCAAUGUUGUGCUGGCCCCGAUAGGGGUAGACGGGGGCACUUCCAAGGGACAGCCCGCUGUCGUCGAUGCAGGGUUCCUUGACGUCCUCAAGCGCAAGGGGUACGCCAGCGCCGCACCUGUGACGAGCCACGAACAUUUGACAAGUCGCAUUCGUGCGACCUACGCCAAGAGCUGA